AAUGCUUUCGGGAGGCAAUCUGUUGCCAUCCACCGCGUUAAGACCUUCUUUGCAAGCCUUUCUUUUUAAAAAAUGUUUUAUUGUGGCUUUAGGAAAGAAGUUGCCUUCGGUGCCAGAAAGCCUUUUAAAGAAAAGGAAGGCUUUUGCUGAUUUAAAGGCCAAACGUAUGAAGAGACUGUUGGUCCAAAAGAAGUUGCGAAAGGAGGAACGAAAAGUCAUUUAUAAAAGAGCCCAGACCUACCAUAAAGAAUAUAGACAGAUGUACCGUCGUGAGAUUCGCAUGGCACGCAUGGCUCGCAAAGCUGGCAAUUACUAUGUACCUGCUGAACCCAAAUUGGCAUUUGUAAUCAGGAUCAGAGGAAUUAAUGGUGUCAGUCCCAAGGUUCGUAAGGUAUUACAGCUCCUUCGUCUGCGGCAGAUUUUUAAUGGGACUUUUGUGAAACUCAACAAGGCAUCCAUUAACAUGCUGAGGAUCGUUGAACCUUACAUUGCUUGGGGAUAUCCUAACUUAAAGUCUGUGCACGAGCUGAUCUAUAAGCGCGGUUAUGGGAAGAUCAACAAGCAGCGUAUAGCUUUGACUGACAACUCUCUGAUUAAAAAAAGCCUGAAAAAAUAUGGCAUUAUUUGCAUGGAAGAUUUGAUCCAUGAAAUCUAUACUGUUGGCAAAAACUUCAAAGCUGCAAACAAUUUCCUCUGGCCAUUCAAGCUAUCUUCUCCAAGGGGUGGAAUGAAGAAGAAAACAACUCAUUUUGUAGAAGGUGGUGAUGCAGGAAACAGGGAGGACCAGAUUAACAGGAUGAUUAGGAGGAUGAAUUAAUGAGACUCAGAAGAUGACUGCUCUACAUAUUGUUAAUAAAGAGAAAUAUGAAAACUG